AUGUCAUCCUCAGCAUGGCCGCCAGAGCUGAAAGCUUGGGUCCAACAAUGUCUCGCCAAAGCAACGAUCUCGAAUAAGGAUGCCGUCAAUUCAGAACUGAAGCAGAUCUUGUUCAAAGCUCACGCUGAUGGGUCGAUCAAUACUACGGAUUGGACCAAAGUAGAACUUAAUUCCUUGAAAGCGCAAGCUCAACGGACAACUCAUGUACCCGUACCUCCUCGAAUAAAUAUAACGACCGCUUCAUUUUCUACGCCCUUCACCGCAGCUCCAGCGAGCACCUCUUUCAAUCCUUCAACUUAUCUUUCGUCAUCUGCCGCUGGUGGUCCAAGUUCUUCUUCAACAGCAACAAACACAACAACAGAGAAGAAAAAGAAGAAGAAGAAGAAUGACGGGAGUGCUAAAUCAUCUUUCCCUACACCGUAUCAUUUCAUUUCUUCAGCAGAAGAACAGGAAGCACUUGCUAAACGAGCAGCCAGAUUUCAAAAGCCUUCCACAUCGGCAACUUCUUCAUCGAUGGCUGGGGGCGUUGGACGGUGGUUCGAUGGUGGUGACGAAGAAGGUUCAUUGAAUGCGUCAGGAUUGGUCCCUGGGCAGGUAGGUAAAAGGAAAAUGAGAGGUAAAGGUGGUUUGGGCUAUAGUGGUGAUGAAGUGAUGGAGGUCGAUCCUAACGUAAUUGAUUGGGAUAAGCAUACUAUAAGAGGGACAAGUACUAAACUGGAAAAAUCGUAUUUACGACUAACAUCUGAGCCGAAUCCAGCUGACGUUCGACCUCUUCAAAUACUCAAACAAACCUUACAGUUGCUAAAAGGGAAAUGGAGAGAUAACCAUAAUUACGCAUAUGCGUUAGAUCAAUUCAAGAGUAUGAGACAGGAUCUGACAGUACAACGAAUCAAGAACGAUUUCACUGUCGAGGUAUACGAAAUCCACGCUCGUAUUGCGUUAGAAGCGAAGGAUCUCGGUGAAUACAAUCAAUGUCAAACUAUGUUGCGUCAGUUGUAUGAGUUAGGUAUUAAAGGACACCCACAAGAAUUCUUAUCUUAUCGAAUCAUGUAUUUGCUACAUACUAAGAACAGGAGUGAUAUGGCUGCUCUUUUGGCCCAACUGACCGCAGGCGAGAAAUCCGAUCCAGGAGUGAAGCAUGCUCUAGACGUCCAUGCUGCGUUAGCGACAUCAAAUUACGUUCGAUUCUUUAGGUUGUUCGCCACCGCUCCGAAUAUGAGUGGAUACAUAAUGGAUCAUUUUGUGGAAAGGGAAAGGAUAGCUGCUUUAGCUAUCAUGUCGAAAGGAUUCAUGACUUUACCUCUCACUUACAUCACUACCAGUCUAGCAUUCGAUUCAGAGGAAGAAGCAGAUACAUUCCUCUCAACUCACGAUGCGGCGAUUUAUACUGCUCCCCAACCAGUCCAAUCUAAUAAUCACUGGAAACCCAUCAAGCCACCACCAUUGCUCGAACGAAUAUGGGAUUGUCGCAAAGCUCACGCGGCUUGCGCGAAGGGUAUUGGCAAAUAUAGAGUGGUGGAUCUAAAAGGUCAAGUUGAUUGA